GGCAGAGAGCAGCGAAGGGGCGGGAGCGCCGGCCGAGUGCCCGCAUUGGUAGGAUUUUGCCGCAGACCAGCGGGGAAGGGAAGGGGGUGCCGGAAGAGGGCACCGCAGCCCCUGCUCCUGGCACCGGCCGAGACCCAGAGCUCCCGGAGCGCCGGCACGGCCCGGGGACACGGCCGGGCCGGGAUAGGGGAGCAGCAGAAGGAGGAGGGGGCGGAGAGCGGGGGAGGGCACGGCCAGGAAAGCGCCUGGGCCGAGUCUCCCCGGAAGCCUCGCGAGAGGAGGAGCAGGGGGGCGGUGGGCGGGGAGAGGACGCGAGACCCCGCCUGCUGCUGCAGUCCUCAACCAGGUCGGCUCGCGGGGAAUAAAGUGCAGCUGGGGGCGGGCACUGGCGCGCAGAGCAGAGUUCUGGUGGGUGGUGCGAUGUCUGGCAGGGGCAAGGGCGGCAAGGGGCUCGGCAAGGGUGGCGCCAAGCGGCACCGCAAGGUGCUCCGCGAUAACAUCCAGGGCAUCACCAAGCCGGCCAUCCGCCGCCUGGCUCGGCGCGGCGGCGUCAAGCGCAUCUCGGGGCUCAUCUACGAGGAGACGCGCGGCGUGCUGAAGGUGUUCCUGGAGAACGUGAUCCGUGACGCUGUCACCUACACGGAGCACGCCAAGAGGAAGACGGUCACCGCCAUGGACGUGGUGUACGCCCUCAAGCGCCAGGGCCGCACUCUCUAUGGCUUCGGCGGUUAAACUAAAAC